UCUGAGCUGAAUGGGUGUACUUUAAUCACACAUACCACAGAACUCUAUUCACUUUGGAUACAGAGGAUAUUCCAAGAGGACCUUGUCUUAUUUUCUUUAAAACUAAUUUCGAAAGUUUAUUCCUUCCAACUUUUCUGAACUUCCACAUUUCCUGGAGGCUGAUUCCUGAAGUUGGUUUAAAACUUUGUGCAGCUGCUUUAAGACUGCUGCAGUGGAUUCACACUGAGGAGGAGAAUAACGGUCAUCAAGCUCUCAAGAUGCCACGUUCAUUUUUGGUGAAGAAGUAUUUUACAAGCAAGAAGCCAAACUACAGUGAACUGGAGAGCCAAAAUGGUCCAAUCUCUGCCAUGGUACCAGAGCGCUAUCCGCUUGCAGAACUACCAACCAAAGAAGAUGGCUCCCUGGUGACCACCUACACUUCAGCUCUUGUAUGGACCACCAGCGCCCUUCCACUUUCCUUCCCUCCUUCAUCGCCUACCACACCAUCCUCCAUCGCACCACUGGACCUCAGUUCUCCAUCCAGCUCGGGCGAGGAAGAUGAAGGCAGAACUUCUGACCCCCCGAGUCCGGAUCCUUCGGACCGUUUCCAGUGUGCCCACUGUGGGAUUUCCUGCAGCAGUCGUGCCGCACUUUCUCGCCACCAGCUCUCGCAUUGCAGUGCAGGCACCAACACUAACCUGGUUGAGAAUUCCAACAUGGCUGACAGCACUACAACAAGAGCUGCCUUCCGGUGCAAACACUGCCCCAAAGAGUACAACAGCCUGGGAGCUUUGAAGAUGCACAUCCGCUCACACACGCUUCCAUGCGUCUGCACCACCUGCGGCAAGGCGUUUUCCAGACCAUGGUUACUCAGGGGCCACAUUCGUACACACACCGGUGAGCGUCCGUUCUCAUGCCCUCAUUGUAAUCGGGCUUUUGCUGACCGUUCCAACCUGAGAGCUCAUCUUCAGACCCAUUCAGAGGUGAAAAAGUACCAGUGUGGCACCUGCUCUCGAACCUUCAGCCGCAUGUCACUCCUGCACAAACACACCGUCUCCAGCUGCUGCCCAAACGCCUAGACGCUCACACACAGCUACUCACCCACCCACGAUGGAGGUGGGAGUGUUAGCAAUGUUAAACCAUCCUGUUGACUGAGUCUGAUCCUGACCUGGUGGACGAACUCAGGUUAAGGGGCGAAGCGAAAAAUAUCCGCUGGAAUGAACCCCAAAAAUGCUUCCGAAGUGCCUUAUAUUGUGUUUCUUUUUCUUCACUGGGUUUCAUACCAGACAAAGACAUAUUUAGGCAACAUCGCACAAAUGCUGCGAAAUGUUUUCCUAACCCAGUUUGAUCAAGGUUAACAGGGGGGGUUGUGUUCUGCAGUUGGGCCAUGCGCCUCAUUCUCAAGAUGCCCAUCGGUGCCGGCUGGUCCGGCCCUUUCCUUUUGCGUGCAGCUGCUGGAGAGGGGGAAGUGUGUGUGUGUGUGUGUGUGUGGUGUAAGGGGGGGAUCUCUCACCAUGCUCCACACACUUUGCAGCGAUGUAUUGGGACAGCUGUGUGAGCGGAGGCGGCGUGUUGACAGACAUUUCAGCCCCGUAGAGCUUUCCACACUUCUCUGAAAAAAAAAAAAAAAAAGCAAUAAACGCUGUCAGAUUGUACCAACACUCAUCCCUAAUGCGUUUUAUUUCCAAACAUUUGUAUCACGUCUCUGAAUGUGUAUUCUUUUUUUUUUACUCAAAUAAAAUGUAAAGUGUGCACUAAA